CACCCGUGAGUGCCAAACGACUCAACAGCCGAAGUACCGCGCGCCCGCGAACGCAAGCCCCAUCCGCCCCUCACCCAUCACCGAAAAGACGUCAAUUGAGACGUCCUUACCUUCCACUCGCUCCUCUCUCGAAAAAGGAAACUACCUUUCUUCCCGACCCGACGAUGACGGCGAUACGACCGACCGCGGCCAUCCGCGCCGCCCGCGCCAUCAAGACCUCUGCGGCCGCCGCCCCGACCACGAGGGCUUUCUCCGUGACGGCCCGUCGCGCUGGUGGCGGUUCCGACUUUGAUCCCCCUUCCGGCUGGCUCUGGGGCGUCAAACCCGGUGAGAAGUACGAGAAGGAGGGCUGGGAGACGCCUUUCUACACCCUGUUCUGCGGAGGCAUCAUCGCCACUGGCGUGGUCCUUGCUUUCAAGCCUGAUACUUCACUCGAUACCUGGGCUCUCGAGGAGGCCAGGCGGAGAUUAGAAAAGGAGGGCAUCCUGCCGGACCCCGAGAAGUGAAAAGGAAAAAAAAAGCCAAUUCCUGCGACCACUUGCCAUGAACAAACCACUGAAUCAACUUUUUUCUUUACCUGGAGCUUGGUUUUUUUUGAGAGACAUAUCACCUUAGAAAGGAACGGAACGGAAGACACAAAGAAAACCGAGCCGCGAGGAUGGAAGAUGAUGUUCUAGAGAAAGGAUGGAGCGGAGAAACAGGGAGAGAAAGAAAUAUCUCCACAGAAGGGGGAAGCAAGCUCGCUGUCGAUUAAAUCUCACGGCAACGGUGUCUCUUUCUAUUCCCCUGGGGAAAAGUGUAUAUGACCUGCCCUUGAACUAGCUUUCCUUUUUUUUCACCGCCUUUUUUUUACUCUAACUCCGUGAGGGCCUUUCGAUCUUCGUGAGCCUUCUGCAAUGACUAGAUUUGCUAUUGAUGACGCAUGGCAUAGGGCUACGGAGCUUCGUGACGAUAGCUUGGAAAUCAGCAUUUGAUAUUGUUGAGUAUGUAUCGUGAGAAAGACAACUAAUGGCGCCAAUGGAGCUUUAGCAAGUGAAUCUUGAGGAAAGCUACUAAUGUGAC